UAGCUUCGUAAAAAUAAAAAAGCAUACUAAAAACUGUGAGCGCCAAAUAAUGAAAUGUUCUCUUAUCAAAUACUUUUCUGUUCUUCGAUUUGAUUCGGGAGUUCAGUUCUUAAUUAGUCAUCAAGCGAAAUGCAAGUGAUUUUUGGGAUCCUGUUGAUAUUGGGAGCUCUAAGCACCUUUUUAUCUGAAUUCUGCGACAAUGGAACUGGGGAGUGUAAAGAUCUAACGGCAACGGAUUGCCCUGCGGUUUUUUUCAACCUGCCCUUAAUAGGGAGUCUUGUUAAAUAUUGCGACGAGUUCAACGACCUUGUUUGCUGUCCUCUGCCACUUAAUAUGCAAAGGCAGUCGCAGCCAUUGUCCGCCAACAUUGGCCUCAGGAGAUACGAAAACGAAUGUCGUCGCUAUAACGAGAUAAGGGCUUCCUGCCGUUCCACCCCAUUCAUUGUGGGUGGCGCCAAAGCCGCUGGCCGGGAAUUCCCCUUCAUGGCGCUACUGGGUCAGCGUGGGAAAAACUCCUCGCACAUCGACUGGGACUGCGGGGGCACAAUUAUCCAUCCCAAGUUCGUGCUGACCGCCGCCCACUGCUUGGAGACUAGCGAGACCAAGGAACAGCGCCUGGAUAUCAACUAUGAUUGCCCUAAAUAUGUGGUCAGACUGGGGGAACUGGAUUACAAAAGCAGCUCGGAUGAUGCACAGCCUCAGGACUUCCGGGUGGUCAACUAUGUGGUGCACCCAGCUUAUGGGGAAGAUGACGACUCGGGGAGUCGCAAGAACGACAUUGCCCUGGUGGAACUGGAGAGGGAGGCCACCUUCAACGAGUAUGUGGCACCUGCCUGCCUGCCACUGGCCAGUGGAAACGAGCAUCUCCAGGUGACGGCCGCCGGAUGGGGAGCCACCUCGGAGGGAGGGCACUCCUCGUCGCACCUCCUAAAGGUUUCCCUGGAGAGAUUCGACGAACAUCAGUGCAGCCAGCGGCUGGAGCACAAGAUCGAUGUGCGAACCCAACUGUGUGCCGGUUCCCAGAACAACAGUGCGGAUACUUGUUACGGCGAUUCCGGGGGCCCCGUCUUCGUCCAGCAUCCCACGUACUCCUGCCUAAAGCAGGUGAUUGGCAUCACCUCCUACGGACUGGUGUGUGGUGUCCAGGGGCUGCCCAGUGUCUACACCAAAGUCCAUCUCUACACCGAUUGGAUCGAGAAUAUCGUAUGGGGCGAGUAGGCGGGCAAAUAUUUGAACAAGUGAUUUGCAACUCUAUCUCAAAGGGGUGCCAAAUAAAUUUUGCACUUUUAGUCAAUGAAGAUAUGUUAUGAAUGAAUUUAUUAUUUGAAUAUUUACCUGGGUAAUAUUGUCAUUACCUAUCUUUUUACCGAUUACGAGUUACUAAAGGUUACUAAAGAUGAAUGAAGGUGUUUGGUUACUAAAGGGUUAAGUAACCCGUAUUCAAAAAGAUAGGUAGUGGCGUAUUACCUAGGUAAAUAUUCAUAUAAUAAAUAUAUUCAUUUUCGAUGAUUUUUUCAUGAUGGCACAAAUUAAGAUAAAGCUGAUUUAAUACACAUUUACUUUAUUAACGCAUAAAAAAUAGCCAAAAAC